GGGAUUGGGAAGUUGGGUUACCCGCUUCAUUCGGGUUUGCUUCCUUCCAUUAUUUUUGUGUUCUUCGAACUUCAAAGUCCACCGCGAAAAAACUCGGAUACUGAAUCCUGCGGAUUUUCCUUAUAUAAAUUGCCAAAGCUUCAAAUUUUCUACUCCGCUUAAGCUCAUGCAGUGCCAUUCAUCACCGUAAUCGCCAAUCGUAAGCUUUUGGCUCUUUGAAAUCUUGCUGGUUGAUCUUAGAUUCAAUUUCCAUGGAGUAAAGCUGUUUAUCGAUUGUAGAACAAAUCCGGAGAAGCCAUUUCUUCAUUUCUACCUUUAUUACUUUAUUGGGCCUGUGCAAUUUGCCCCAAAGGCGGUCUAAGCUUAAGCUUAACAGAAUCGGUUGGAAUGCCUUGAAUAUCGCUACAAACCACAGCGCUGACGUGACGACGUAUCUGGUUACUUGGGCGCUCCGUACAUGAGAUCUUGAAGAAACAAAAUGAGUGCUGUACCUAAAGAAAACAUUGAGGUCAUUGCUCAAUGUGUUGGGAUCAAUAACUUAUCCCCAGAUGUCGCAUUGGCAGUUGCUCCUGAUGUGGAAUAUCGUUUGCGGGAGAUCAUGCAGGAGGCCAUCAAAUGCAUGCGUCACUCCAAGAGAACUACGUUGACAGCAGAUGAUGUUGAUGGUGCAUUAAACCUGAGAAAUGUAGAGCCAAUGUAUGGCUUUGCCUCAGGAGGGCCCUUGCGAUUUAAGAGAGCCAUGGGACAUAGGGAUUUGUUUUACCUCGAGGACAAGGACCUGGAAUUUAAAGACGUUAUUGACGCCCCAUUGCCAAAAGCUCCUCUUGAUGCAGCAGUUUUUUGCCAUUGGCUAGCAAUUGAAGGUGUACAGCCUGCAAUACCAGAAAAUGCUCCUGUAGAAGUAAUUUUACCACCUUCUGAUACCAAAAGUAGUGAACAAAAGGAUGAGGUUCCAGUUGACAUCAAAUUACCAGUGAAGCAUAUACUUUCCAAGGAACUUCAGCUUUAUUUUGACAAAAUCACAGAGCUUGUUGUUAGUAGAUCCAGUACGGACCUUUUUAAGAAGGCAUUAGUGAGUUUAGCUACGGACUCGGGACUUCACCCAUUGGUUCCUUAUUUUACGUGCUAUAUAGCUGACGAGGUUGCUCGUGGACUGGGUGAUUAUUCCCUUCUUUUUGCUUUGAUGCGUGUUGUUUGGAGUCUUCUUCAGAACCCUCAUAUCCACAUUGAACCUUAUCUACACCAAAUGAUGCCAUCUGUUGUGACCUGCCUCGUUGCAAAAAGGUUAGGGAGUAGGUUUUCAGACAACCAUUGGGAGCUUAGAGACUUCACAGCAAAAGUGGUUGCUUUAAUAUGUAAAAGGUUUGGUCAUGUUUACAACACUCUGCAGACAAAGCUCACAAAAACUCUUCUCAAUGCAUUUUUAGACCCAAAGCGGUCUUUGACUCAACAUUAUGGUGCAAUUCGAGGAUUAGCUGCCUUAGGGAUGAAUGUGGUUCAUCUUCUUAUACUACCAAAUCUUGAGCCAUAUCUGGGACUUCUGGAACCUGAGAUGCUUCUUGCUAAUCAAAAGAAUGAGAUGAAGAGGCAUGAAGCGUGGCAUGUUUAUGGAGCCUUGCUCAGAGCUGUCGGUCAGUGCAUAUAUGAACGCAUCAAGAUUUUUCCUCCUUUGCUUAGUACGCCAGCAGGUUCUGUUUUGCGGACAAAUGCAAGAACUAUCACCACCACUUUCCCAAACAAACGCAAGGCAAAUGCAGACUACUUAGAAGGGCAGCCUCCUCUCAAGAGGAUGUCAAUUGAUGGUCCAAUGGGCGUCAUGUUAACUAAUUCAUCGGCAUCACACAUGGAAGGAACAGUUGUUCCGGCUGCCUCUGGCAAUUCCAAUCUGGUUUCGCCUACAUCUUCUGGACAGAUGCAAAAUGAAGCCAUAUCAUCGGGCAGCACUAGUAGAAAGGGGAAGCAUGAUGAUCAAAUUCUUAAAAAAUCAGCUGUCCUAUCUCAAGUCUGGAAGGAGGAUCUUAAUUCUGGAAAGUUGUUAACAUCUAUGUUAGAUUUGUUUGGUGAAAGUAUGUUCUGCUUCAUUCCUGCUCCUGAAUUGUCCCUGUUCUUAUAAUAACCAUCAUCCAUUUUCAAGUAGAAAACACUGUUCAUGUUGCUGUGGAAUUGGCGUGUAAGUUAAUGGCUACUAAUCUUUUGAAUUUAGAGGAAAUUUAUAUGACAAAAAGAAAAACAUCUUAUUUCAGUUAA